AUGCCCAUAUUAGCGGCUCCUAACGAACCUUCCCAGGACACCUAUGCUGCCGCAGAUCUACAGAAGCUUGGCUAUAAGCAAGAGAUGACACGGGCACGUAUAUCAGUCGUGGGCUCUUCCACAUGUUGUUCAGUGAGCCACUCGUCUCCUAUUUCAACCGCACAGGCGAGUUACGAUGGCACAGUGACGCUUGCAAUAAUGGCCGUUCCCUAUGGGUUAGCCGCUCCAAUCGCUACCUCUCUUAUCGGGGGUGGCCCCGCCACCAUUAUCUGGGGUUGGGUGCUCGUAUCCGCACUUACGCUCCCACUUGCUUUCUCUCUUGGCGAAAUUUGCGCCAAAUAUCCAACUUCUGCUGGUGCAUACUAUUGGUGUUUCCGCCUUGCGCCACCUAAUCAUCGACUGCUCGUCUCCUGGAUCAAUGGAUGGCUGACCAUGGUCGGAGUUUGGACGAUCAGCUUAUCUGUAACUUUUGGUACAGCCCAGCUUAUCGUCGCUGGCGCAGGUAUAUACGUCCCAAACUGGGAGGUCAAGCCAUGGCAAACAUACCUCAUAUUCUUGGCUGUAACCGGUGUCGCUGUCCUUUUUUGUGUUUUCUUCAACUCCAUCCUCCCAAAAAUUGAUGUUAUCUCUGCGUAUUGGACUCUUAUCGGGGUUAUCGUUAUCCUUGUUGCAACCUCGGUCAAAGCAGAAGCUGGGCGCCAUCCUGCAGCAUUUGCUCUUGGCCAUUUCGACCCAUCGCCCUCCGGGAUGGACAGCGGGUUGGGGUUUUUUCAUUGGACUCCUUCCGGUUUGUUUAAAGUCAAAUCACCAGUUGACUGCGUUAUUGAAUGCAAGACGUUGGAAGCUUACACUUUUUCUGCUAUCGGAAUGAUUGCCAGUAUGGCCGAAGAAGUCCACGACCCGUCGCGUGAUCUCCCAAGGGCCAUUACUUGGUCAAUCCCGAUUGGGUUUCUUACUGGUGUAGUUUUUCUGGUACCGCUUCUGUUCACCCUUCCAGAUAUAUCGAUACUACUCUCUGGCAAGUCACCCUCACUUGCUGUUGAUUUUCGGCUCAGUCCUGUAGUUGCAAGCGGACAGCCUAUAGGCGUCAUGUUUGAGCUCAUAAUGGGCUCAAAAGGGGGCGGGUUCGGCCUUGUGUGUUGUGGUUCAUCAUAUUUGGCAUUGGCAUAUUCUGCGCAAUAUCCAUCUCGUGUGCCGCCUCUCGCUCGACGUGGGCGUUUGCGCCGUGAUGGAGCAAUACCAUUCCCAUUGAUAUUUGCACGUGUCAACAGCCGUCUGGGGGGAGGGGGUGGUGUCCCGCUAAAUGCUAUCCUACUCUCUACGACGAUCCAGCUCCUCCUCGGGCUGAUCUAUUUAGGCUCCAGCGCAGCCUUCAAUGCCUUUGUCGGUGUUGCUGUUAUGUGUUUAGGUGCCAGCUACGCUAUGCCCGUGGCUAUCUCUCUGUAUUCCGGCAGAAAAGAAGUACAAGACUCGCCCUUCGGGCUAGGGAAAAAAAUGGGGACAGUGCUUAACGCGAUUGCCGUCCUGUGGGCGGCCUUCGAGAUCGUGUUGUUCUCGAUGCCGGCGGUGGUGCCGGUUACCCGUGUCACAAUGAAUUAUGCCUCUGUUGUCUUCGUCGGGUUUGGCUUUAUCAGUGCUGUUUGGUAUAUAUUCGGUGGUCGGCAUCAUUAUAAGGGACCGCCUUUACCAGCCGAGGAGGCUCAAGCGGAUUCGCCAAGCCAUUCGACCAAGAUGGAUUAG